UCACAGGCGAACGGCCAAUCAGCGCCACGCGAGUGCUGUGCUAGGAACUGACAUCAGGGGAGCCAGGUUCUUGGUCUGUUCGGAGGCAAAAUUCACCCAUAAAACAUUGAUAGAUUAACAGGAAAACUUGCUAAUUUCAUCUCAAGUUUAAAGGCGCAUGAAGGCUGUCAAGCCGGCGCAGUGGUGCUGUGAUCCAAGUUCAUGGAAGACUCAUUCGGUGGAGUUCUGCAGAUCGCGGACCCCCUUCCCCCAAUUUUACAUGGAUAUGCUCAGGUUUCUUACUCACAAGCUCAGAUCACAGACACUUGACGAAGUGCAGCCAUUCCAACCCAAGGUCGACGAUGACAGGGACUCGGGAACUGAGUCGGAUGAAGAAAACAUUGAACUCGAAGAAAUUGAAAGACAGAUUCAACAACAAAACAGAAUCAACACAUCAAAAUCAGCGAUGACGGAAAAAGGCUCUUCCUCUGUGCUAGUCAGAAAGGGAUUCACGCCCCUCAGACCCCUAAAUACUAAAAUCACGGAACUAUCAGACAGUGAUCAUGAUACAUCUGACUUUGAACGCCAAAACUCGGAUUUCGAGCGGCACAGCUCUGAGGAAGAGUUAGCAAAUAUUAAUAAUACCAGUGGGGUCAAAGAACUUAAUAAACGAAAAUGGUCACAGGUGAAUCGACACAGUUUUGAUGAUUAUUACGGGUCCUCAGAUGAUGAAGUUUGGGAUCUUUUAUCAAAACCGCAGCCAGUGUCGUUCAGCUCAUCACCACCUAAAGGUAUUCAGCGGAUCGAACGGAUAGGACGAGCGCCGCCGGAGAAGUUUCGUAUAGCUAAUGUGACCCCGUUAGAAGUAUGUGCUGUGUCGCCUAGGAAGCGCCACCGGCAGUCUUCGUUGAGUGAUAGCAAUGAAACUGUGAUUCAAAGACCAUGUCUAGAUUUUGAAAAAAUGCAGCAGAAAUAUUUUAAGAGCUCAGGGAAAACAUGGAAAAGAAUUGCACGCCGUGACUGACUGAUGCAUUCCAACAACUCACAUCCCUGCCACGCAACUUGUAUCGUACUGCCAGCCAACCCCCACGUCCCCUGGUGACGCGUACGUUGUCUGCAGGCCAUUUACAUGAUGUCUCAGGCUAUCCGGAUAAUAUGCAGGAUAUAAAAUACGUGUACGCAUCAGUUUACUAGACUUUAAAUAAUAAAAAUAAGGGAAUCGUACAUUCAUCGCUGUAAGUGGAAAUUAAAUGUGCAAUAUUAACCACUCUAAAGAUGUCAGUUGCCGCGUUCAAUGGAUUGUCGGAGUAUCAAAUUGUAUUGAUGAUGGACUUGAGAACUGUACAUAUUAGACUUUAUGCAAGUCACUAACAGGACAAACUUGGGACUAGAUCUGCGGAAGAAAAUGCGACGUAUCGUUCAGGGUUCUGUGGAUAUAUGACUUCAAGUGAUCUGAUGCCUGUAUAUAGCAUUUUCAUUGACUUCGGGACCUAUUUGCAUUGUGCCCAUGGUUGAAAGUUAAAGUUAAACGACAAGGUCAAUAAGACGCACACACAUAUUGUACAGUGAACAUGCCUUUUAGGGCGAACUAUUUCUAUCAAAAAAUAAACAAUGGAACUUAUAAUUCUUAUUUGGCGACGGUCUCUUCCUAAAAACUAACCAGUGGGACUUAGCCAAGUUGAUUUGAGCGGAACUGUGUUAUUUUGUUUCCAAAGCACAAAUCGGGAAUAAAUAGUUCAUUAGGUGGGUUUAUACAUGUAAAUACAAUUAUAUGGACCUUAGUUGUAGGGACCUUAAGAAUGACCCCCUCCCCCCACACACACCUCUAUUUUGAUCAUCAGGUUUUGUUCAAGAAUCACUUGCCCACACAGGCACAUAUUGUCUUAAAUCAUGAAGUAACUGUCUGAAACAUGGAUAAUUCUCAUGCCUUUUAGUUAAGUUUCUUUUCAUCAUUUUGUCGGAAUCAUCUGUGUAUUUGAAGCUGAGCUUGAUUUUUGGGCAAUUGUUGCAAGUUUUGUUGUGUGAAAUGAACUAUAUAUUGAUAGAAGAGUUCAUUUCGCCAUGAUCUUGCAAAAGCUUCAUGUACAUAUUCUGUCAGCACACAGAUAUGCAGGUGGUUCUGGCAAACUUAGAUGAAUUGAUCUUUGAUGUAUUAGAAAGUUAAUUACACUUAAAUAUAUUUACUGGAAUCACGUGUAUAUAUCAUGUAUGGUUUAUGUACAUUCAUAUACAGGUGAUCUGGUAAACUUAGGUGAUUUGAACUUGGAUAAGUUUGAGAAGGUGAUUUUACUCAGGUUUUCUGGAAUCAUGUGUAUAUUUCAUAUGGGUCAUUGACAUUUGUACAUUGGUAUACAGGUGAUCCGGCAAACUUGAUUUUGAUUGAACUUGGAUACUAUGUUAGAAGUAAGUUUUCUGGAAUCACAUGUAUUUCAAUAAUACGUGUGAUCCCAGCAAGUUUUGUGAAAUUGACAUUCUUUUCUUCGAAGAGGAGCUUCACAUCCAGUAGUUAUAUGUCUGGUGUUUCCGUACUAGACACUGUCUCUUUUUAUGAGGACAUUUGUAUAAAAUAAAUUACUAUGUCUUAUAUUCCAA